AUGGCGUUUGACGGUGUGGAGUGCGAGGAGCCGCCGUGCAUCAACCCGUACGAGGUGCUGGGAGUGGCCGAGCAGGCGAGCGCAGACGAGAUCAAGUCCGCCUACCGGAAAAAGGCCCUCAGACACCACCCAGACAAGGUCUCGGCUGAGGGCAAAGACGAAGCGCACAAGAAGUUCCAGGAAAUCGCCUUUGCAUAUGCGAUCCUAUCCGACGAGCGGCGGCGUCGACGCUACGACACGACGGGCAACACGUCUGAGUCGCUCGACCUGGAGGACGAUGACUUCAACUGGACGGACUUCUACCGCGAGCAGUUCAGCGUCAUGAUCGACGGGACGCUGCUGGACAAGUUCAAGCAGGAGUACAAGGGCUCUGAUGAGGAGAAGGCGGACCUGCUGCGGGUAUAUGAGGAAUGCAAGGGGGACAUGGACGGGAUCUACGAGCAAGUGAUGGCCAGCGACGUGUUGGAGGACGACGACCGGUUCCGAGCCAUCAUCCGUGCCGCUAUCGAAGAAGGAGAGGUAGCAGACUACCCUGCCUUCACCGACGAGCCGGUGGAGACAAAGCGGGCGCGGCGUAGGGCUGCAAGGGAGGAAGCCGGUGAAGCCAUGGAGAUGGCCAGAGAACUGGGGGUGGAGGAGAAGCUGUUCGGCAGCAAGAAGAAGGGCUCCAAGGGCUCAAAGGGCAAAGCGGACGGCGGGGAGGAUGCGCUGAUGGCUCUCAUCCAGCAACGCCAGAAGAGCCGGGGUGAGUCCUUCCUGGCCAACCUGGAGGCCAAGUACGCCCCGAAGACGCAGAAUAACAAGCACAGGAAGCGGGCUGCAGAGGAUGAACCGCCGGAAGAAGCAUUCCACAAGCCGCGAACCCGGGUGCAGGACCGGGACAGGGGCCAUGGCCAGAACCAAGACAAGCCACGCGAGAAGCAGCAGCGGAAGAACGAUAAUAGCAGUGGACGGAAGAGGGCAAAGGCGUGA